AUGAAUGCUCCACACAAGUCUCCACAGGUCAUUUCAAACUCUUCUAUGACCAUGAGAUUCUCUUUACCACCUUCUUUUCUCCAGACACGCAUGGCGCUUUCUACUGCUUGUGUACGGAAAGAACUGAAACGUGUUCAAAAUGAUACUGAAGAUACGUGGGAAGCCUAUGACUGGGACACUGACGUUGAUUUACUAUCAAGUAUCAGUACAAUUGAAAUUAAGCAGCAGGAACAAGUGGAUGAUUGGGAACUGGAGCCAAGUCUGGACUUGCCAGACGAUUUUCCAAGACUUCUCGUGAACCUCACGCGUCUGCGGCGUGAACACUUUCCAACUACAAAAGAAGGAGAAGAAGAAGCAGCAGCAUCAGACUUUGAUAUGAUGGAAGUCUUUUAUCGUGUCAAAUAUACGCUGUACCAGCACUUUUCUCAGUUGGUAGAAGUGUUAUUUGAACAGAAGUUAUGUUUUCACUGCACGUAUGGAACGUCACGUGCUAUGAUAAAAGGUCUUCAUGCUGCUUAUCCAAAAGAUGUUUUUGCUAUGGUAGAUUAUCCAACGGAGAUUGAUAAUGUGCCACUGCAUGAGUAUUUGCAUACGUUGUCAUAUCCGUCAAGAUGGAAAAGUGUCGAGUACUUGAAAGGUUGUCUACGUCGGUGUUCGCGAGAUAUUAGAUGGAAAAAAGAUGUCAUUACAGAGUUGGAGUUGCUGGCGAAACAAGAAUUUGCGCAAUACGAAGAGAAACAACGAGAACUUAGUGACGAGAUUGAUGAGCUCUCUCGUCUGCGUGAUUCGUUUCGAGAAAAGCUGGAGAAAAUGGCGAGUCAACAGGGCAAGCCAAAAGGACAGUACUUGAUGCUGCGAAAGCUGGAGGAUAUUGAAAACCGGAUAAUGACACUGCUGGAUACUUUCCUUACAGAACCAGAACUGGAAGAAGAAGAAUGUUACAGCGCAUUUGGCAACCCUGGUGGAGAAGGUGGUUUGACUACGAGCAUGAAUGUGCUUGACAUGGUGAUCGCCAUGGUGUUUGACCGCUUGCCUCGUAAUUUUAGCCAGCAGACUACGACGGAAGAGCAUUAUCAGAUGCUCUUUGAUCAUCAUAUUUAUAUUCUGCGCCUGUGGAAGAAAGACUUUGGACGUCUUCCCCAGAAGUCUCGAAUGACGUCUCAAAAAGUUUGCAUCUCAGAUGCAGGCAGUCUUCGUGUGUCAUCAGAUGAAGAUCGAGCCGCCUAUGAAGUGUGUGGCGAGCACGACAUGGUCGAGUAUGUAGAAGAUUGUUCCGUACAUGACGAUGGAAGUAGGGGAUGUGAUGAAGUGGUACACAUUGGAGUAAAUAACCACGAGGGGCGUAUGCAAGACAACAUUGAUCGGAGAUGUGACGAACCACUUGAUAGAAAGAUCCACCAUGACAUCGAUUCUGAUGGUUAUGGUGCUGACUUUGACAGUGACGAAAGUGAGGGUGAAGACGGUGUUAUGGUACAAGCUCACAGGCACCAGCAGAACACAUGUAAACAUAGCGAUGCAAAGGCACUUUCUACACCUGCUGAACCGCGACGAAGACACAUCAGAAAGACGAAGCGAAGCGCAAUCAAAGUGCACGAAUCGAAAGGAGCAAGAUAUGAAAGUGAUGGUGAACAAGAAUCGAUGCCAUUCCAACCUUUUGCUUGCACUGCAGCAGUUGGUUUACUUCGUUUAGCUAAAGAAAACGAAAUGUUUUGA